AUAGUAUCGAGUGUGACCACUGAUCGUGACCCUUGCAGCUUGGGCUAAUCCGCAGGUCAAGCGUGUUUUUUCAUUCAUAUUAUGAUUACAAUUGUCUUCGGCACACGAAAUCGCGAAGUUACGCCAACUAUACCAUUAUUUUACCAUACAGUUUGAAGUUUCAAUUACGCUACUGAACAAACGAUUGAAAAUGGAAUGGUUAUGGACCAAACUAAAACAGGUUUUACCAACUAUGCCGCUUCCCACAACGAAAAGUUCAUCUGAGCAUGAAGAGCUACAAGCAAAACAAAGUACAAAGGGCCAAGCCAAAUACCAACUCAUUUCGGAUGCCGACGAAGAAGCCACAGGUUUGAACAGUGACCUUUUUAAAUCUCGUCUAAUCGACGAAAUUCUGGAUGAUAUAGGACUGAGGCUUCUUCACUGGAAAGUUUUCGUAUUUCUCUGUCUUCUAUAUAUGUCAUGUGCGUUCGCAACAUCCAUAUUAUCCGCUAUACUUCCAAGUUUGAAACCAGACUGGAAUAUCUCUGAAAUUAUGGCUGGGGUAUUGACACUCUCUACAUCAACCGGAAAGAUCUUGGGGACACCGUUUUGGGGUUGGGUGUCGGACAAAUACGGUAGAAAGCGUACUUUUAUUGCAUGUGUGGCGUUUAUACUUGUAUCCGCUUUGGCGAGCGCGUUUUCCACGAACUAUUACUGGCUUUGGAUAAGCCUUUUCGUUGUCGGCUUCGGAACGACUAUUACGUUUCAAAGUUAUAUCAUCAUAGUGGAAUUAUUUCCUACAAGAUACCGUUCUAUGUUUUCUGUAUUAACAGCCGUGUUUUGGACAUUAGGAUUUCUACUUUCGGCUAUCGUUUCAAUGGAGCUUUCGGUGAUCGGUUAUAAUUGGGCUUUGGCUACCGUGUGUUUUCCGAUGGUAAUUUUGUGUAUCAGUGUAGUAUUUCUUCCAGAAUCGCCACAUUUUUACCUUAUAGCCGGGGACGAGCAGAAAGCUUUAAACAUUCUACAAGAUUUGGCGCCUGAAAUGGAUUUCAGCGACACAAUACUUCGUAAACACGUUUCCGAGACACAGAAGGCGGAUUUCACACAGCUAUUUCGAUCAGGUUAUUGGAAAAUAACAAUAUGCGCUUGUAUCGCGACGUUUACCAUCUACCUAUCGCACUAUGAUUUGGUAUACACCGCGUCUGAAGUGGCGGGCAGUCAAAAUUUUUCAUCUACGAUAACGGACAUGCAAAACAAGGCGACAGUUAUCCAUCAUAUGUAUGCCAUUAUGGCCUGGAUGAACUUACCGGAAAUUGUUAUCAUUAUCGCAGCCGCUUUGUGUUGUAACGUUUUUACUUCAAAAACAGUACUUUUAAUUGUUACGUUGUUGACACUUGUGUCACAGAUCAUCGCAUUGUUUGUCGUAAACCAGAGGAUUCCAUUACUCAUAGCCAUAAUGCUAUCUCGAAGCCUCCUAUUGUCGGACAUAUCUCUCCUGGUCACGUGUGUAUCGCGUGUUUACCCAACAGUAAUUCGCAGCAUUGGAACCAGCAUUUGUGUCUCUGUCGGGCGUAUUGGAAUCCUCCUAGGACCGUUCAUCUUUGAGACGUGGUUUGCCAAAGAGUAUUUUUACGGAAUUGUAUUUAAUGUUGCGAUAUUAUCAGUAGCAUUUAUAGCAAUUGCCUUGCUGCCGUCGCAAAGCGCUACUUAAAGAUGAUGUAAAGUCCGUUCUGCGCAUAUAUUCUGCGCAGCAACACAUUCCAUUACUGGGGGAGCAACUUAAGCGAUGUUAGCGCGUUGUAUUACAAACGGACAGUUCGAGGGCACAAUUAUUUUAUUUUAUGUCGCAAGGCGAAGAGGCUCGAAUUGCGAGUGAUAAAGAUAAGGCUGCUAGAAAAAGAAAUAUUAUGCUGAGAGGAAUGCUCCAAGAAUUUAUUUGUCGAAUGAGGACACGAGAUAGCGACGCUAUUUGUCGUCGCUACAGACGCUACUUUCUCGCUUGUCCUACAAUUACAAUUAUAGAAAAGUUUUAAAUCGCUUUAUAUUUUCUUCAAAAUAUAAUGAAAAAUA